CACGUUCUGGUGAUUGAACCAACUACACUCAUACUCUACUAACAUGCUGGGCUUAACACGUAUCGGACUGGCGUGCCUUGCACUCACCGCAACUCAGCCCAACGGGGCUGAAGCUUCCGAUCUUGAUGUGAAGCUAUGGAUGAACUGUGGGCAUAAGGGUGUAUUAGAAGAUUGCAGAGCUGCCAUAGCAGGGGGUGUGGAUAUCAAUAAGCUAGAUGAAACAGGCGCAAAUGCGUUACAUUACGCUGUCUUCCAUAACCAUGACGAGGUGGUCACUUUUCUUGCCAACAAUGGUGCUGAUAUGGAUGCGAUGGCGGUUGGAAACGAAUUGACAGCACUAGACCUUGCCGCUUUCCAUGGGUACCCCAAGUGUGCUAAGGCGCUCAUUGAGGGGGGAGCUAGUCCUAAUAUUUUCAACAAAGAUGGUUUCUCACCAGUAUUCCGAACAAUGCUUGGCAAAUCUCCCGAACACCUAGAGGUGUUAGAAUAUCUUUUGCGGGAGGGUGGCGUUCCCCAUGACACCAAGAUGUACACAACACUCUCGUUAUUCGAUGUGGCCAAAACUUAUGAGGAACACAACGAAGGCUAUAUGCAAUUAAUGAGGGAGCUGAAUAUAGGAGCUACAAAGGUUAUGGAUAUGGAGGUGUUGGCGGACAUUCUCGAGGGUAAAGACGUCACUCAAGGUCCAGAGGCCAAGGCGGUAGAGAACUUUCUGGGUGUCAGUAUAGAUGAAUUGAUAAGAGGAAUGCGGGCCGGAGGAUCCGAUCGCGAAGAGAUGUCCCAAUUGCUAUACGAGAAGCUACAAGACGUCGAUCCCGCAGCUGUACGUGCAGCUAUAGAAAUGGUGGAGAGUAGCGAUUUCCCAGCUAAUGAUGCAAAUGAUGUCACGGACGAGACGGACGAGCUAUAACUAACUUAGGAAGAAACACUGUCAAAGUGCAAAGUAUCAAUGCUAAGAGAACGAGUUGAUUCUUACGCUCUCGAUUAAGUAGACUUGAGAGGAGGAGGGGGGGGGGUGGAUUCUACGACUGUCCUCUACAAUUCUGUAUAAAAAUCUCUACAACCA